AUGAAGCCUAAAUCAACAAAGCUGCUUAGUGGAUCGUUUGUCAAGGACUUGAAUACUCGGUAUGUAAAAAAUAACACCAUACGUUCCCAGAGUGAAUUCACUUCAUUGGAGGAGAAACCACAAUUCCCUGGAGCUUCAGCUGACUUUGUGGACUCAUUGGAAUUCAUCCACCCGAAUGUCAUUUCUGGGAUUCCUAUUUACCGAGUCAUGGACCGCCAAGGACAGAUUAUCAACCCAAGUGAAGACCCCAAAAUUCCGAAAGAGAAAGUCCUGAAGUUUUAUCACACUAUGACUCUGCUGAACACAAUGGACAGGAUUUUAUAUGAAUCUCAGAGACAGGGAAGAAUCUCCUUUUAUAUGACCAACUAUGGAGAGGAGGGAACACAUGUAGGCAGUGCAGCAGCCCUGCAAGAUACAGACCUUGUGUUUGGACAGUACAGAGAAGCAGGUGUGCUGAUGUACCGUGGUUAUCCUCUGGAUCUGUUUAUGGCUCAGUGUUAUGGUAAUGCCUCAGACCCAGGAAAAGGAAGACAAAUGCCUGUACACUACGGCUGCAAGGACGUGAAUUUUGUUACCAUCUCGUCUCCACUGGCAACUCAGAUCCCCCAGGCUGUGGGUGCAGCGUAUUCUUUUAAACGGGAGAACGCAGACCGUGCUGUCAUUUGCUACUUUGGAGAGGGUGCAGCCAGCGAAGGAGAUGCACAUGCUGCCUUCAACUUCUCUGCUACUCUGGAGUGUCCUGUUCUAUUCUUUUGCAGAAAUAAUGGAUAUGCAAUAUCUACACCAACCUCUGAGCAAUACAGGGGAGAUGGUAUUGCGGCCCGUGGCCCUGGCUAUGGUAUUAUGUCAAUACGAGUGGAUGGAAAUGAUGUGUUUGCAGUGUACAAUGCUACUAAAGAGGCACGACGCAGAGCAGUAGCAGAGAAUCAGCCGUUCCUUAUAGAGGCUAUGACUUACAGGAUUGGACAUCACAGUACCAGUGAUGACAGCUCUGCAUACCGCUCGGUUGAUGAGGUUAACUACUGGGACAAGCAGGACCAUCCUAUCUCUCGGCUUCGUAACUACAUGUUACACAAAGGCUGGUGGGAUGAGGAGCAGAAGAUAUGGAGAAAAAAAUCACGCAAGAUGGUGAGAUGGCACCUCUUAUUUUAAGUCUGUAUGCAUGUUUGUAC